AUGAAGAACAAAGUCAUAGAUGAGGCUCACCUGCGUCAUCUCAACUCUGCAAGGAAGCUCAUCAACCUUGAACGCGCCCUAGACAUCAGAAAGCAGCUGAUGAUUGCAAUCUCAAGCCAGCGCUUACCUGACAUCAGUCGCAUUCUGGCAACCGCACUCCGGCAUGGGAGCAGUGUCUACCGGAUCAUCGAGCUGGUUCACCAAGCUGCUGCAGGCGUGUACCAUCCCCGGGGCUACUCGGAUGAAGACCUCAUGCGCGGUCACCUCUUCUUGAGUUUGGCUGGUAAACGCGUGGCAGACAUAGCUCACCGUACAAUGGAUACCCCUUCAACCUCUACCCUGCGACGAAACCGGGUUAUCCCAACUCUACACGCAUCUCCGGGAGUCCCCACUAGCCAGGAACUGGCCUUCAACCUCGAUGCAUCCCUCUCCGUCAUCCAGAAGGAACUCCAGGCGAUUACUGCGGGUGGUACACUCCAUGCAGUCUUGAUGUUUGAUGAGCUGGCGGUGGAAAAGCGACUGCGUUGGGACGACCGUACCAAUUGCAUCCUCGGAAUCGCCAGAGAAUCAGUGUCGAAAGCGGGCUUGGAGUUUACGAGUAUGGCUGAUAUUGAAUUGCUCCUCGACGAGAUUGAGAAGGGGGAGGUGGAGUUAGCGUCGGAGGCAACCGUGGGCGCUCUCGGAUUCUUGGGCAGUAACGACACGUCUAUCUAUAGCGCACGGCCAUUUCUCUUGUCUGGUAGCUCAAAACGAGAACGCGCUGAAGACCAUGCCGACUUAAUACGCACAGCAAUAUCAAGUGUGAAUACUAGUCCCCACUGUCAGCACAUACGGAUCGUGAACAUAGCAUCUGAUGGAGAAGCACGUCGAGGGCGUGCUCUUGCCCUGCUCGCACUUCGUGUUGCACUUUCACCAACUUCUUCAAUAUAUUCGAUGUUAUCCACGCUCCGCCUCAUGGAUCUUCUCGUCGGCUCAGACGACAUUACCAUUGAUAAAGACUACAAACACAUCUUCAAACGUCUUCGUAAUGCCAUACUCCGGCGGCUUGGCAUCUUGGUCAAUGGUGUCGUCCUUCUCUCUGGUGUUGUUCGCACCCACCUGGAGGAUGCAGGUCAUUCGCAGGAACAUCUCAACUCCGUCUUUAAUGUCUCUGACCGGCAGGAUGUCACGCUCGCAUACCAGCUUCUCCGUGACAUAUGGCAGCUCCCUCCUGAUUCAAGGGACCCACUGUACAGCCAGACACGUGAGGCUCUGCGGACAUUUGGCCAGAUGUGCCGCCACCUCAUCCUACCCUACAUCUGCAUUGAAUUGACCCUCGCCGAGCAACUGUCCCACCUUAGUGCAGCUGCACAUCUUGCCCUUGGCUUGUAUACUGCUCCAGGAGCAGGCUCACGGUUUCUGCCACCGCAGCUCUUCUUUGACAUCAUGCUAAUGGUCAAGAACGUGUACUUCACGGUCGCCAAAGCGAAGGUUGAUCACCCUGACUCCCCUUUUUUUCUUGUCCUUCUCGGAACCGAUCGUUUAGAGAGCCUAUUCGGAAUUAUUCGCACCAUUGUGGGCAGCGAUGUCAAUGUAGACAUGCGGCAGCUUGCCGACCGUGUUACUGCUACCAUAGUAGUUUCCACCAUCUUCGCAAUUCACCCUGAAUGGGAUCAGUCGCCUCGCCGUCUCCAUCUCCCCAUGCUCACGCGCGAAGAGGUGCCGAUCGAGAAGGCUGACCAUAUCCGGCCGCGUGACUUCACGGCCGACCUCACACCUGGGAAUAUCACGCUUCAAACAACCUGGAAACUGGGCCGUCGUGAGGCUGAAGACGCAUUUGGCUGGAUCUCAGAGCGGCUUGAUGCCAUUGAAGCAAUCCCAGGUGCAACAAUUCUCGCUCCCACAGGCACACUUCUUGUUCAU